AUGCACAGGAGCACGUCGCAUGAGGAGACCGAACAGGCCGAUCUGGAGUUGGCAGUAGUGCGUGUGCGCACACUGGAAGAACCUCAAUCACCAAGCAUCCGGUCGGAUGGAUCUGAGGGCCGAAAGUCGUCGGUAUACGUGUACGGAGAUGGCCAUUUUAACAUCACCCUCAAACACUACGACAGCAUCGUGAGCGAAGUGAAAUGUCCGGGAUGUGCGGAACCUAUGGAUGGCCCUAUCACGAUGUGUAACACCGGUCAUAGUACGUGCGCCCUCUGCCGUGCCAAGCUCGCGUCAUGUCCACUGUGUGGUGAUCGCUUGACAGAUCUAAGGAACUACACGCUCGAGGCGAUCGUCGCGAAGGUGCAGUUCCCAUGCAAGAACGCUGGCAAGGGUUGUGCGGUGCGAUUGCCUCUACAGCUGCUGCGUUGGCACCGGGAACGUUGCGACUACAAACUGAUCCAGUGCUUUAUGGGCAAGGUUUGGGGUGCUUGUGGAUGGCAAGGGUGUGAGCGAGACUGGAUGGCGCAUUGUCUGGAGACACACGCCGAUCACGUGUACUCGGACCCGCAGGUGACACUGCGGUGGGACUACGGCACUGACGUAAUCCAGCGGACAUCCGAGCUGCAGCUGGUGGUGGCGUACCAUCUGCUGCGAGUGUUUGACGAAUCGUUCAACCUCUACCAGGUGUACGACCAGGAUAGCCGUACUGUGGUGUGGACGAUGAUCUGUGCCACCAAGGAAUCGAAGGUGAGUGCACGGUUCACGUUUGAGCUGGAGUUAUUCUCGCCGGUGGACAAUUGGAAACUGCUGGUGCAGCGUUUUCCCUGCCAUUCCGAGCUCGAUCCGGAGUUCCUGCAUGACGGACAUUGCGCUAAGAUCAACCUUGCUGACGUGCAGCGUUUCAUGACUGAGGAUAAGGUCCUCCACUACCGGGUGCGUGUUCUCGAGGUCGGCCCAUCACGCUGUCAAAGCCUUGCAAAGCUGAGCACCACCGAUGGCGUCCCCAGUGCCAUCACGGAAGCCCCAUCACACUUACCAACCGACUACAACUGCAAGCACAUCGAACACGUCAACAUGAAAGCGGUACCAGAGGGCAACAUUAUCUGUCGCAAACAGCAGAACUCCAGCGCAUCUGCUGACAACGAUAACGACGACGUAUUCUUGCCGUACAUAGACGCUAGCGUAGAUGCCAAUCUGCCGCAGUCUCGAAAGAGUACACCGGCUCGGUCGGUCAGUAUUAGUAAGCCCACAACAGAGACAUGUGAUGGUGUUCAGGAGGCGGUAGAGCUACAACCGAUUCAGAAACUUGUCAGAGUGCGAGUUGCGGAGCGAGAAGAACCUGUUAAGAUGCAAGCCCAGUAUGUUUCGCGAAAAACACCGGUCAGUGGAAAUGGUGAUGUCAAUCGGCAGGUGUCUACCGAGAGCCUCGCCAAACCUGCGAAGGGAUCUGGCCUGUCGAAGUUCUACAAUAUCACUAUGUACAAGGCAGCCAAGUUUCUUGACAAGAAAAGUAUUAAGUGA